CUCAUCUCGGCCUCUGAUUUCCAGCGCAGGUUCCAAAUAUUCCCAGCAAGCUGUCUGGCUCCACGGAGAAUAAUCAAGCUCACUCUCACAAUGGCUGCCACCCCAACUAUUCCCGCCUCGUUCUUUGAGCCCGUGCUCUCCCUCCCACCGACAGAGCAACUCCGCUGGUACAGCUGCGUCAUCGUCUCGCUCUCCUCGCUAAACUACCCCGAUGUAAUCCCGCAAGUAUACGAGCACUUGGAUACGCAUUUUCUUUCGAAGCUCUCACACGAUGAUCGAUUCGACGCGGCUCGUCGACUCCGCGAGGCCCUGAUCAAGUCUACGGGAAUCGUCGGAGCCGCACGAACAGGGAACGCGAUACGAACGCUCACCGGUCUCAUCCCAGAGGAUCUUCGCGAGACAGAAUCACCUCGCUCCCAAGAGUCUGAUGAGGUCGCGCGCGCACGAGGAAAGACGUUUUGGACGCGGGUCUACGAGCGGAAUAAGGCCUUUGAUCCGCAGGCGACGGUGAGGGCCAGUCCGGAUUAUGCUUUUGUUGUUCGAGAGGUGCUCUACGGUCGAAUAUUCUCCUUCAACGGGGUGAUUGACGACUUGACGACCGGCUACGUGAUUGUCUCUGCCCUGUACGGAAUGGACUGCCCGAAUCAGCUGCAGCAUCAUAUGAAGGGGAUGUUGGUAAAUGGGGCGUCAAGGGAAGACCUACAGCACCUCCAGGAGCUAUGUUUGGGGUUGGCGAAGAUUCUGGGGGUAACUUUCAGGCAUGGUCCUGCGCCGAUUCCGACCUCGCCCAGUGAAUAGCCUCAACGGAGGUUUGUUUUCAAGCCUAAUCAAUAAAUCAUGGUUCUGCGCCCAUCUAGUAGCAAAGUUACUUGGCUUGAUUAUCUAGGUCGGAACCAGGACCUGGUGGGAGCUUAGGCACACUCCUGACUUUCUAGCUCAUGCAUCGAGGGCGAUAGCGCAUUCGAUGGAAUCCACGCUACAAACUUACUGUCAGCUCCCGUGCUUAUCGUUCCACAUGUGUUAGAAAGUAUAAUAUAGGAUAGAUAAACCUCAAGCAUCAUGUAUGUUAAUUGUUCUCUUCCUGACUAGUGAGGUACUCUGGGUGUCUAUAUGUUGCAUUGUUCUUGACGCAUCUCGAUUAUCACUCACGCAAAGACUAUAUAUACCCUGACUGAUGCUUAGAGAGAAUAGCGGAAC